UGACUUCCAGUAAUCCGCCCCCUUUGGCCUCCCAAAGUGCUAGGAUUAUAGGCGUGAGCCAACGCGCCUGGACUGAUUAUCAUUUUUUAUGUUGCUUCUUGGUCUACUGUCAAGUGGCUUGGAUUCUUAUGGACUUGUAUAUUCUAAAACCAUGACCAAGGUGGGGGGAAUUAACAGUUUGAACCAUUAGUAGUUAAAGGAUCUAAUAUGUCAUAUAAUUUUUUCAGAUUAAAUGUAGACUUACAGAUUGAUGGUUUAGACAGCAAAUGAAAACUACAUUCAGAAAUUUCUGAGUACAGUGAAUCUGGCUAGUAAAUUAAUAAUUGUAUUUAACCUCAGUUUUAAAAACAAAAACACUUAUAUUUAUUAAACAUUUGAAAAACACUCCAUGUUUGGAAAUUAUUUUUUUUCCACGAGCUUUUGAGCAUUUAUAACACUACUUUCCAGUGUCUUGUUUUUAAACUGUAAGUAAUAGUACAUUUUUAAAUGUGAUCUCAACUCAUUGGUCGUUUGCAGAAAUCAUUUUAGCAGGCCCCCGUAUUGAUUACCUAAAUCAUGCCUUGUUGGUUUUCUUCUUCUGAGGCUCAGAUUUUAUGGUAUAAACAGGAUGCACUUUUGGAAUUUAUAGUGCAUUUCAAGAUUUUCUUUAUAUUGGUUUAAUUGAUAUUAUAAUUAUUUUUAAAUAACCUAAGUUAUCUGGUAAAUAGUUUAUUGGUAGAUGGUUGAGCAGUAUCUUUCUUAACUUUAAUUUAGAGAUGGGAAUUCAAUAUAUCUUCCAGUAUUUCAUACAGUAGAGGAAGAAUUUAAAAAGUGAAUGAAAGGUUGUUUUCCCUUAGUUUUAAAAGAUAAAUUGUAAUAUCAAAAAUAUUAUAAGGUAAAUGGGUAACCAAAAUCAUCAAGAUAGUUAAGAAAAUGGAAUUAAGUUGGUUAUAACAAAUCAUAAAAGGAGAGGAGUCAUACUUGUUAGGACAAGCUUAUGCUAAUGGCAUAUCAGCCUAUGUUGUCCCAGGUCAAUAGAUAUGAAAACCGCAGUUUACCCAGGGUUACUUAACUGAUAAUAAUAGUGUGAAGACAACAAAUUGAACUGAUACAAGUAGAAAGACUUAAGAAUGAUCUUCGGGAUAAAUGAAAACAAAUGGAUAAUAAACUGAUCUUGCAGAGUAAUAUAGGUUAUGGUGUUAUGCUUUAAAAUAUCAGUAUUGAUAGAAAUAUUCUCGUGUUCUUUUGUUCUUUUGAAGGGUAAAAAGGGCUGUUUAUCUUUUUUUGCAUGUCAUCAGUUUCAUUGGGUUGCCUUAUUUUCAUUCAGAAAGAGUAUGGGCUAAUAUCCAUAUUGAGUUAUGAUUUAGACUUGAGUGUACUAGUAGGAAAUUUAUCAGUUGCGUGUGUGCAGUAGUGCUUGGAAUGAAAUGUCACUUUCAUCUUUGAUACUGCACCUAGUGCGUUUUCUCAUAGGCUUACUUUUGCCUUUUCAAGUUUGAUGUCCUGUUGUUCAACACGAACAACAGCUUUGAAGGGCGAUAUCUAACACAUUCUUAAAGGAAAUAUAUAUGAUGCUGUAACCUUUUUACUCUAGCAUUGUUUUCAAAAUGUUAAUUACUAAGUUUUCCAGAAAUGACUUUUAAAGAUAAAUGCAUAAAAGAGAUGGGUAAAUAAUAUUUGGGGAUGAUAAAUGUAACAAGUGGAGAACAAAAGUAGAAUGUGUGUCCUCAAAUUCAUCUUUGUAAUUUCCCACUUUUUCAUUUGGAGGUACUUGUCAAAUACGAGUUGAAAUUCAGACAGAUCGAAUUGGGUUUUCAAGUCUAAAAAUGACUAGAAGUUUGGGUUUAAUAUUGCUAUGAAGUUUUGUGUUUAGUCUGAAGUAAGUGAGCUUGCUACAUCUCAGUCACUUCCUGCCUCAUCCAUAUUCCUUAGUGUAUAGCUGUGUUCCAUCUCCUUGUAUAUACUGCAAAAUGAUCUGUCACUGUUAGGACACUUCAGGUGGAAAAGGUUUUCAGAGAUUUAUUUAAAAUAUCAAAUUGCUACUAAGAUGGAAUUUUUUUAAACUUUAUUUUGGUGCAAUCAUUUACUUUGUUUUGGUGCAAUCAUUAGCAAUAAAGCAAGAGUGAAAUGGAUGAGAGAGAUGAGUAUCAUAGACUCUAAGAAGACAUCCUUAUUGAUAACCCUCUUUAAAAAGGAGUCCAAGAGAGCACCACCAUAGUGGCGAUUUCACAUUUUUGUUUUGUUUUGUUUUUUAACCUUGAUAUCAGAAUCAGUGUGUGAAGUAAUGGGAACCACCUCAACCAUUUUUUUCUGCAAUAUAGUACUGGUAUAUAUGCAUAUAUGUACUGGUGCAUUAAUUUAUGGGGUUGAGCAGGAGUUCAUGAUACAUUAAUGUUAUAACAUAAUUAUAACAUUAAUAUUUUGUGGAUUCUUCAAUACAUAGCAAUUAAAACAAAAUGAUUGUACUCCAAGUACAGAAAUCAGGGAAUAGUUUCAGUAGAAUUUCAGCUUAAGAGAUAUUUACUUACAUAUUGAGAGUCAAUCAAAGUGAAGUCUGAGUCUAGGACACUGUGUAAGUGAAGUACUAUGUUUAUUUCAGAAUUUCUUAAAUUUAUACUUGACCGGAAAGUUCCUGGGCUUGCAAGUGAUUAUUGUUGUUGUUACUAACUGGCAUAGAUAAGAGGGGAAAUGGUGGUUUAAAGUGUACAUUCAAUCAGCAGCAAGGGCUAAACUAUUGAAAAUGUGUUCUCUGUCCAGAAAACAUUUUAUUUUCACAUAAUUGUUUAAGUGUCUCCAGUGAACAUUUACAAUAUUUAUGGGGGUAUAGUGCUUGUGGUUCAGUUAGCUCAAAGUCUUAACUUCUGUGCCUGGGUAAUGGUGUGUUGUAUAGCAGUAAUUCUGAAAUUAUUUAUAAUAAAGGAGAAAACACCAGAGAAAAUAUCUGUUUACUGCUUCUAGUUUUACAACAAGGGAACACUGUUAGGAGUUCCAAAGUAGCAUUAGUAGUUCAAUGUUGAGAUAUUUUGUCUCCUCACCCCCCGUCUCUAACAUCCUGUUUCAUCACAAAUGUUUAUCAUUUUACUCAUUGGUUCUCCACCCGUCUUGUGGGCUGCUGUGGUUGCUGUCACCCAGCCAAGAGGCUGGGGAAUGCCUGUCCACAAGCAGUAAGGGGCAUGUGGCUAGGGUGCUCAGAAGGUCCUGAGCAUUGUAGUAUUAGCAUUGUGAGGCCAUUGAGAUAGGGAGAGAACAAGCCUAUUUAAAUAGCUGCCAGAAUGAUCAAUACAAGCACCAUUGUUGCUAGUCAUAGUGGAAAUAUACGCACUGUCUUUAGCUGAAGUGUACAACAUUUGAAGAUGUCAUACUGAGGUGUUCUGAAAGCUUCAAAACAGAAGAAGAAAAAUUCUUAUCUAAAUAAUAUUACUAUCUUAAAAAGGCUGUUCUGAGUGGUUGGUUAACUGUUUUAAAGAAUAGUUUGGUUUGCUUGAGAAGUUUAUUUGGUAUUAAUUAGCUACUCACUUAAAAAUAUUUAAUAUGACACAAGAUACAAUGUGAUAGUACCAUGGCACAGUCUACUUGUUUCAGAUGGAAUUGACAUUUUGGAAGAGUAUGGACCAGGAAUUUUGUGAUCUGGAGUUAUGGAUUUGGGGGCAAAAUACCACAAGGCAAAGUUCCCAUCUCAUCACAUUUUGUUGGGAAUUGUGUCACAUCAACAUGCCUUAUCACUGGUGAUGUUAACCUUAAUCACUUGGUUACGGUAGACUCUGCCACGUUUUUUCACUGUAAAGUUACUGCUUUUCUCUUUCUAUUUUCUAUUCUUUGAAAGUCAGCCCACACCUAACUGGAGAAGAAUUAAGCUUUAUCUUUGAAGGGAGGAAAUAGCUACAUAUUUUAUUGAUUGAUUGAUUGACUUUGGUAUGGAUUCAUGGAUAUUUAUUUUAUUAUUUGGGUUAUCAUCUAGUGCCAUCAGUAUUUUAUUCCUCAUAAACUAUUUUCUAAUUCUUAAGAUUUCAUUUUACAGAGCACUCUAGCACUAAUAUUGUGUGUAGCUUAGUGCAACAUCUUAUCCACCUUUUUUUGCCUCUCCCUCCUCCACAUAUUUGCACUCUCAGUUUUCAAACCAAUGGAUUCAGUUUUGCUGUUCUGGUUAAGAUGAAGGUCAUUUUCCUAGUCAAGUUGUAAUGCAUGCACUGUGGGAGGAGAAGUCAUAAUACAAAACUUCUUGUCGGCAGAUUGGCGAAUUUACCUGAGACACUGAGGCUCAAGAUUAUGAGAAUGUGUGACUAGGACCAAAAUCAUAUUUCCAGGUGGAGCCUUUGAAUUUUUUAAAAGACCACAGUAAUCAGAUCUACUUGAAAAAUUAAGUGAAUUGAUUUGGUUGGAAUGCUCUUUUACCAAUUCUUUAACAUACAGCCACUAGGGGAAGUGGUAUGAUGUAUGUUCUCCACAGGAAAUGGAAAACGGCAGCUGAACUGUGUGUGAGCCCAGAUUCCCAGAAGUUGUGCAUGAGCUCCUGUGAGGAGAGCUGGCAUCUUGGAAAUCAAAGACGGUUGUGAUGCAGUUUUUUGAUAUGCGGAUAACAGGAAGCGUCAGGACAAUCAUGCCCAUGAGAGCUCUAAACUGUUCAGGUCAUUUUAUCUUAGUGAAACUGGCAAUUGAACUUUGCUCUAGUUGAUGGGCAAAAUUUCUUCUAGACUAUUCAUCAUCCCAAUUUCAUCCUAGUUGAAAAUUUUCAAAUGCCGUAAGAAAUCUUUAUAGAUUUGCACUUAGCUUUUGGAUGGACAUUUCUACAAUGGAGAGAACUGUGUUAUAGCCCUGGUCCAAGGACAUUACUAUCUAAUGCCCAUCGACUGUGGUGUGCGUGUGGAAGGUUCCAAAGAGAAGGAGCAAUCAGCAAGUUUGCAGACCCCUUGGAACAUGGAAGCAACCAAGCUUUAAGAAGCACAGCUUUGGAGAUACUCCAUGAGUCUGCACCGCUUUCAGGGGAACUAGCACUUAAGACCUUGUGUAACAAAAUGGACACUGGGGACACAGCUCUAGGACAAAAGGCUACCUCAAGGUCUGGAGAAACUGAUAAAGCAUCAGGUAGAUGGAGACAGGAACAAUCGGCUGUUAUUAAGAUGAGCACUUUUGGCAGUCAAGAAGGACAGCGGCAACCACAAAUAGAGCCUGAGCAAAUCGGAAACACAGCAUCAGCACAACUGUUUGGUUCUGGGAAACUGGCCUCCCCUAGUGAAGUGGUGCAGCAAGUCACAGAGAAGCAAUAUCCACCGCAUCGUCCGAGUCCUUACUCAUGCCAACACUCACUCUCUUUCCCUCAGCACUCAUUGCCACAGGGGGUCAUGCACAGCACCAAGCCACAUCAGAGCCUCGAAGGUCCUCCGUGGCUUUUCCCUGGCCCUUUGCCAUCCGUUGCCUCCGAGGACUUAUUUCCUUUUCCUAUACAUGGCCACAGUGGUGGUUAUCCUAGAAAAAAGAUUUCAAGUCUGAACCCUGCUUAUAGCCAAUACUCCCAGAAAAGUAUCGAACAGGCAGAAGAGGCUCACAAGAAAGAGCACAAACCCAAAAAGCCUGGCAAGUACAUUUGCCCUUACUGCAGCAGAGCGUGUGCCAAACCUAGCGUACUGAAAAAACACAUCAGGUCCCAUACUGGGGAGCGGCCAUAUCCAUGUAUACCUUGUGGUUUCUCUUUCAAGACAAAGAGCAAUUUGUACAAGCACAGGAAGUCACAUGCCCAUGCAAUUAAGGCAGGAUUAGUACCUUUCACAGAGUCAGCUGUAUCUAAAUUGGACCUAGAGGCUGGUUUUAUUGAUGUAGAAGCAGAAAUACAUUCAGAUGGUGAACAGAGUACAGACACAGAUGAGGAGAGUUCUUUAUUUGCUGAGGCUUCUGACAAAAUGAGUCCUGGCCCACCCAUCCCACUGGACAUUGCCAACAGAGGUGGCUAUCAUGGGUCAUUGGAAGAAUCAUUGGGAGGUCCAAUGAAGGUGCCGAUUUUGAUUAUUCCUAAAAGUGGGAUUCCUCUCCCUAAUGAAAGCUCUCAGUAUAUGGGCCCUGAUAUGCUACCAAAUCCAUCUUUAAAUACUAAGGCUGAUGAUUCGCACACAGUCAAACAGAAACUUGCACUAAGACUGUCAGAGAAAAAAGGACAAGAUUCUGAGCCAUCGCUCAACCUUCUGAGCCCGCACAGUAAAGGAAGCACUGAUUCUGGUUACUUUUCUCGCUCAGAAAGUGCUGAGCAGCAAAUAAGCCCUCCCAACACAAAUGCAAAGUCUUAUGAAGAAAUCAUCUUUGGAAAAUACUGUCGGCUUAGUCCGAGAAAUGCACUCAGUGUUACAACCACAAGUCAGGAGCGUGCCGCAAUGGGUAGGAAGGGCAUAAUGGAACCAUUACCUCACGUAAACACCAGGUUGGAUGUCAAGAUGUUUGAAGAUCCUGUUUCACAGCUGAUCCCAAGCAAGGGAGACGUCGACCCCAGUCAAACGAGCAUGCUGAAAUCCACUAAGUUCAACAGUGAGUCUAGACAACCCCAGAUUAUUCCAUCAUCUAUCAGGAAUGAAGGAAAACUUUAUCCAGCAAACUUCCAAGGCAGUAAUCCGGUUCUCUUAGAAGCUCCUGUAGACUCUUCACCCCUUAUUAGAAGCAACUCAAUGCCAACUUCUUCAGCAACUAAUCUAACUAUUCCUCCUUCUUUGAGAGGAAGUCACUCAUUUGACGAAAGGAUGACUGGUUCCGACGAUGUAUUCUAUCCAGGGACCGUGGGCAUACCCCCUCAGCGCAUGCUAAGAAGACAAGCAGCAUUUGAACUGCCUUCAGUACAGGAGGGCCAUGUGGAGGUCGAGCACCAUGGCAGGAUGUUGAAGGGUGUCAGCAGUUCAUCCCUGAAGGAAAAGAAAUUGUCUCCUGGGGACAGGGUUGCGUAUGACUAUGACGUCUGUCGGAAACCCUAUAAGAAGUGGGAGGACUCUGAAACACCAAAGCAAGGCUACAGGGACAUUUCCUGCUUGAGUUCUUUAAAACAUGGUGGAGAAUAUUUCAUGGAUCCUGCGGUGCCAUUGCAGGGAGUACCAAGCAUGUUUGGAACUACCUGUGAAAACAGGAAACGCCGGAAAGAGAAGAGCGUAGGGGAUGAAGAAGACACCCCCAUGAUCUGCAGCAGCAUCGUAAGCACUCCCAUGGGCAUCAUGGCUUCCGAUUAUGACCCCAAACUGCAGAUGCAGGAAGGAGUCAGGAGUGGAUUUGCCGUGGCUGGACACGAAAACCUUUCUCAUGGUCACACGGAACGCUUUGACCCAUGUCGGCCCCAACUGCAGCCCGGAAGUCCAUCUCUUGUGUCAGAGGAGUCACCUUCAGCCAUUGAUUCAGACAAGAUGUCAGACCUAGGGGGCAGGAAACCUCCUGGAAAUGUGAUUUCUGUGAUUCAGCACACCAACUCGCUGAGCCGACCCAAUUCAUUUGAAAGAUCUGAGUCAGCCGAACUUGUGGCUUGCACACAGGAUAAAGCCCCUUCCCCUUCAGAGACUUGUGACAGUGAGAUUUCAGAAGCCCCAGUGAGUCCUGAGUGGGCUCCACCCGGGGAUGGUGCAGAAAGUGGGGGGAAACCCUCUCCAUCUCAGCAGGUGCAGCAGCCGUCCUAUCACACACAGCCCAGGCUAGUUCGGCAACACAACAUCCAGGUUCCUGAGAUUCGAGUGACCGAGGAGCCUGAUAAACCCGAGAAGGAGAAAGAAGCCCAGAGCAAAGAGCCAGAGAAGCCUGUGGAAGAAUUUCAGUGGCCCCAGAGAAGUGAGACUCUUUCCCAGCUCCCCGCGGAGAAAUUGCCACCCAAAAAGAAGCGUCUGCGACUUGCCGAUAUGGAGCACUCCUCAGGGGAGUCCAGCUUUGAAUCCACAGGCACAGGCCUCUCCCGCAGCCCCAGUCAAGAAAGCAACUUGUCUCACAGCUCCAGUUUCUCCAUGUCUUUUGAAAGAGAAGAAAUCAGUAAGCUUUCUGCACUUCCUAAGCAGGAUGAGUUUGGGAAGCAUUCAGAGUUUCUGACUGUCCCUGCUGGUUCAUACUCAUUGUCUGUCCCAGGCCAUCACCACCAGAAAGAGAUGCGACGCUGCUCAUCAGAGCAGAUGCCUUGUCCUCACCCAGCAGAAGUCCCAGAAGUUCGCAGCAAAUCAUUUGAUUAUGGGAAUCUGUCCCAUGCUCCUGUGUCGGGAGUGGCAGCCUCCACGGUAUCACCGUCCAGGGAGAGGAAGAAAUGCUUUCUGGUGCGGCAAGCUUCCUUCAGUGGCUCCCCAGAAAUCGCCCAGGGUGAGGCCGGCAUGGAUCAGAGUGUGAAGCAGGAGCAGCUGGAGCACCUGCAUGCUGGCCUCCGGUCCGCGUGGCACCAUGGCCCGCCUGCUGUGCUGCCUCCUCUUCAGCAAGAGGACCCAGGGAAGCAGGUGGUGGGUCCUUGUCCCCCGCUGAGCUCAGGGCCACUGCACCUGGCCCAACCACAGAUCAUGCACAUGGACAGUCAGGAAUCUUUGAGAAAUCCCUUGAUCCAACCAACAUCCUAUAUGACAAGCAAACACUUACCUGAACAGCCACACUUAUUUCCACAUCAAGAGACAAUUCCAUUUUCUCCAAUCCAGAAUGCCUUGUUUCAGUUUCAAUAUCCUACAGUUUGUAUGGUUCAUUUACCAGCUCAGCAGCCUCCCUGGUGGCAGGCGCAUUUCCCACAUCCCUUUGCUCAGCCCCCUCAGAAGAGCUAUGGCAAGCCCUCUUUUCAGACAGAAAUCCAUUCGAGCUAUCCCUUAGAGCAUGUGGCAGGGAACACUGGAAAGAAACCUGCUGAGUAUGCGCACACGAAAGAGCAGACCUACCCGUGUUAUUCAGGAGCAUCAGGGCUACACCCAAAGAACCUUCUUCCAAAGUUUCCAUCAGACCAGAGCAGUAAGUCAACCGAAACGCCCUCCGAGCAAGUUCUUCAGGAAGAUUUUGCCUCGGCAAAUGCUGGGCCUUUGCAGUCCCUCCCGGGAACAGUGGUUCCUGUUCGGAUCCAAACACACGUACCGUCUUAUGGAAGUGUCAUGUACACAAGCAUUUCUCAGAUACUUGGGCAGAAUAGCCCUGCCAUUGUCAUAUGCAAAGUCGAUGAGAAUAUGACCCAAAGGACACUGGUCACCAAUGCAGCCAUGCAAGGGAUAGGAUUCAACAUUGCCCAGGUGCUGGGGCAGCAUGCUGGCUUGGAGAAGUACCCCAUUUGGAAAGCACCUCAGACUUUACCCCUCGGCUUAGAAUCCUCAAUCCCCUUGUGUUUACCUUCCACCUCUGACAGUGUGGCCACCCUGGGAGGUAGCAAGCGAAUGCUUUCUCCAGCCAGUAGCUUGGAGCUCUUCAUGGAAACCAAGCAGCAGAAAAGGGUCAAAGAAGAAAAGAUGUAUGGACAGAUUGUGGAGGAGCUUAGUGCUGUGGAGCUCAACAACUCAGACAUCAAAAAGGACCUCUCCCGCCCCCAGAAACCCCAGCUGGUUCGACAAGGGUGUGCUUCUGAGCCAAAAGAUGGCUUGCAGUCAGGGUCAUCUUCCUUCUCCUCUCUGUCACCCUCCUCAUCUCAAGACUAUCCUUCUGUUAGCCCGUCUUCCAGGGAGCCAUUCCCGCCCAGCAAGGAGAUGCUUUCUGGUUCCCAGGCACCACUUCUGGGGCAGAAGUCCAGUGGGCCUUCUGAAAGCAAAGAAUCUUCAGAUGAAUUAGAUAUCGAUGAGACGGCAUCGGACAUGAGCAUGAGCCCACAGAGUUCUUCAUUACCAGCGGGAGAUGGUCAGCCGGAAGAGGAAAGGAAGGGCCACAAGCGGCCUGUUGGCAUGCUGGUCCGCAUGGCCUCUGCCCCCAGUGGGAACGUGGCAGAUUCAACUCUUCUUCUCACGGACAUGGCAGAUUUCCAGCAGAUUCUUCAGUUUCCCAGUCUGCGGACAACAACUACUGUGAGUUGGUGCUUCUUGAAUUAUACAAAACCCAGUUAUGUGCAACAGGCCACCUUCAAAUCCUCAGUUUAUGCUUCAUGGUGCAUUAGUUCCUGUAACCCAAACCCAUCAGGAUUGAACACCAAGACCACACUGGCUCUGCUGAGGUCCAAGCAAAAAAUCACUGCAGAAAUUUAUACUCUGGCUGCUAUGCAUAGGCCUGGAACCGGCAAGCUUACAUCAUCAAGUGCUUGGAAGCAGUUUACUCAGAUGAAACCUGAUGCGUCCUUUUUAUUUGGCAGCAAACUAGAAAGGAAACUAGUGGGAAAUAUCUUAAAGGAAAGAGGGAAAGGAGAUAUUCAUGGAGAUAAAGAUAUUGGAUCCAAACAAACUGAGCCAAUCCGAAUUAAAAUAUUUGAAGGAGGGUACAAAUCAAAUGAAGAUUAUGUAUAUGUCAGAGGACGUGGCCGUGGAAAGUACAUUUGUGAAGAAUGUGGUAUUCGCUGUAAGAAGCCAAGCAUGCUCAAAAAACACAUCCGUACCCAUACUGAUGUUCGGCCUUAUGUAUGCAAGUUAUGUAACUUUGCCUUCAAAACGAAAGGAAACCUAACGAAGCAUAUGAAAUCUAAAGCACACAUGAAAAAAUGCCUGGAAUUGGGAGUCUCAAUGACAUCGGUGGAUGAUACAGAAACUGAGGAAGCAGAAAAUAUGGAAGAUUUGCACAAAGCAGCGGAGAAGCAUAGCAUGUCUAGCAUUUCAACUGAUCAUCAGUUCUCAGAUGCCGAGGAAUCAGAUGGUGAGGAUGGAGAUGAUAAUGAUGAUGAUGAUGAAGAUGAGGAUGACUUUGACGACCAGGGAGAUUUAACACCAAAAACAAGAUCAAGAAGCACGAGUCCUCAGCCUCCUAGAUUCUCCUCUUUGCCUGUGAAUGUUGGCGCCGUACCCCAUGGGGUUCCUUCAGAUAGUUCCCUGGGACAUUCUUCAUUGAUCAGCUAUUUGGUUACUUUGCCAAGUAUUCGAGUUACUCAGCUUAUGACACCCAGUGACUCAUGUGAAGAUACCCAGAUGACAGAAUACCAGAGGCUAUUCCAGAGCAAAAGUACGGACUCAGAACCAGACAAAGACAGAUUGGACAUACCUAGUUGUAUGGAUGAGGAGUGCAUGCUACCUUCAGAGCCAAGCUCCUCUCCCAGGGACUUCUCACCCUCAAGUCGCCAUUCCUCUCCAGGAUAUGAUUCUUCACCCUGCCGAGAUAAUUCACCAAAGAGGUAUCUGAUACCCAAAGGAGAUUUAUCUCCCAGAAGACAUUUAUCACCUAGGAGGGAUCUGUCACCCAUGAGACAUCUUUCACCAAGGAAGGAAGCUGCAUUGAGAAGAGAGAUGUCCCAAAGAGAUGUUUCACCAAGAAGGCAUUUGUCUCCAAGGAGGCCAGUGUCUCCUGGGAAAGAUAUCACAGCGAGAAGAGACCUCUCUCCUAGAAGAGAGAGAAGAUACAUGACCACCAUAAGAGCGCCAUCUCCCAGAAGGGCUUUAUACCAUAACCCGCCAUUGUCCGUGGGGCAGUAUUUGCAAGCAGAGCCAAUUAUAUUGGGGCCUCCUAACUUAAGAAGAGGAUUACCUCAGGUUCCUUACUUCAGUCUCUAUGGAGACCAAGAAGGUGCUUAUGAACAUCCAGGCUCCAGCCUUUUCCCGGAGGGUCCUGAUGACUAUGUCUUCAGUCAUCUUCCACUCCACUCUCAGCAACAAGUGCGAGCUCCUAUCCCCAUGGUGCCCGUUGGUGGGAUCCAGAUGGUUCACUCCAUGCCGCCAGCCCUUUCCAGUUUACAUCCUCCACCCACGUUGCCCCUGCCAAUGGAGGGCUUUGAGGAGAAGAAAGGCGCUCCUGGGGAGUCCUUCUCCAAGGACCCCUAUGUGCUUUCUAAGCAGCAUGAGAAGCGAGGUCCUCACGCUUUGCAGUCAUCUGGUCCACCUAGCACUCCCUCCUCUCCUCGGCUACUGAUGAAACAGAGCACUUCGGAAGACAGCCUAAAUGCAACAGAGCGGGAACAGGAGGAAAAUAUACAGACUUGUACAAAAGCCAUUGCCUCUCUCCGGAUUGCCACAGAAGAGGCAGCUCUGCUUGGGGCAGAUCAGCCAGCGCGGGUGCAGGAGCCCCACCAAAACCCCCUGGGAAGUGCACAUGUUAGCAUUAGACACUUUAGUAGACCUGAGCCAGGUCAGCCCUGUACCUCAGCCACCCACCCUGACUUGCAUGAUGGUGAAAAGGACAAUUUUGGUACAUCACAGACUCCAUUAGCUCACUCCACGUUUUACAGCAAGAGUUGUGUGGAUGACAAGCAGUCGGACUUUCACAGCAGCAAGGAAUUAUCUUCAAGCACAGAGGAAGGCAAAGAUCCUUCGUCAGAAAAGAGUCAGCUACAUUGAUCUGCAAUGCAUGGAGACUUUCAUUUCCACAUUUUCCCAUUGUUUUUGUUUUUGUUUUUCUAGAAAUGGAGGUAAUCAAGUUUAUAGCAUGCCUGUCCUAAGUUACAGUAGUUUGCUAUUAUAUAUACUUUUGUUAUAUCAAAAGAAUUAGGUAAAUUAACAAGUCAUCAUGAGCCUGACCAAAACAAAAUUUGAAAUUAACCUAUUGGGUCUGGUACUUUUAAAAUUGUACAGAUGUUUGUGCCUUUUCUUUACUUUGCUUAUAUUCUUAUAAGCAUUUUUUAGCAGUAAUUUGUACAUAUUUUAGAAUUUGUGUAUCUGCUUUGUAAUAAAUGUAAUUUCUUUCCUUUUUUGGACACUUGGAUCUAAAUGAUGUAAAGCAAAACAGCAUCAAUAUAUAUGUGAGGUUGCACUAAAACAUAUUUUUAUAUGAUUAAAACUGAACAGCUUUUAUGUACAGCUCUGAUUCUGUAAUACUAAUAUUUAUUUACUUUGUUUCAUAAAUUGUACAUUUUUUCUUAAUGUUGUGGAUUGCUUUUCUAUGUGAAGCAUGGGAUUUACUGUUGCGUAACUAGAACAAAAAUGUACAUUGUAAACAAGAUAUUUAAACUAGAGUAUCUUAUUCUGCACUUAUGCAUUAGUUAAAAAAAAAGAUAAAGGAUGUAUCAGUCAGUUCUUAACUCUUGUAUAUUUUUUUGUCUCUUGUUUGCUGGAUUGACUAUAACUUAAGUGCUGAUUGUGAUUUUAAAAUGAUAGUACCGUAAAGCAUUAAAGUAAACAAUGUGCUAUUGUGAGUUUUUUCAAAGCUUUAUAAAUCAGUUAUAAAUAAUAUUAAAAGUAUUUGGUCUUAUGUGAACAUGUUGAUCUAUAUACUCAUCUAAAAAUAUGGGAAAACAUUCCACCCCAUGUAAAUAUGUACAAGUGCAUCACUGGUACAAUUUUAUGUAACUCAGUUGGACACUAGGUUGCCACAGACCUAUGCUAGGUGUCUUUAAAAAAUUAAGGUGACAAAGCACAUGGGACUGUGUAGAGCUUGGUUAUCGGCCGGCCCGGUGGCUUGGCAGGCAGUGCUGUGCGCUGCUCAUGGAGAAGACCUGGGCUUAGAGUCUCCUUAGUUCUUGCUACACAGGAUGGUGACUGGAACUAAGGCUGCACAGAGGGUCGCACUUGGACUCUGAGGGUUGGGUGUGGAAGGGGGAAAAGGGGAUGGAAACCUGCUCCCCAGCUCUUCCUGUCAGUCAGUUUACAUGGGAACAGGGUUAACAUCUGUUUUAGGGGAGGUCACCUUACCCUUUUGCAUAGGGUAAGAGUGUCAGACUCCUGGCUAUCUCAGGGGGAAUGGAGAAAAGAAUCUUUCAAGGGCAAAGAACUCGUGAGAGGAUGUCUGUUGUAUGUAAUACUCACAAUGGCUUUUGGUUAGUGUUGAAGGUGGGAAGAGCCUUUGUAGGUCCAGAAGAAUGGAAGAGAGGGAGGGGUACAGCAACAUGUGCACAGGCACGCACAUGUGUGCACGCACACACACAAUCUGGGUUAUCUUUGUGCUAUAUAGUGGAUUAUAAUUCUGUGAAACCAAGUUUGUAUAUUGAAUUACAUUAAGGAGUGUUCUUUAAAAAGAGAAAUAAAUAUACAAUUACAUGCUU